GAGCUGCCUUCGCGUUGAUCUUGCCUUGAUCUCCUUGAUGUAGUGCUUUGUGAGAAAACGCAACAGGGUGGACGUAGUCGUUGAGAAUACCUUGAUUUUGUGCAAGAAGUUCUUCCUUCUUUUAGCAGUAUGUCAGCCACGCUAAAGCCUUACCUGAAUGCUGUCCGUGCGACGCUCACGGCUACGAUGUGCUUAGAAAAUUUCUCAUCGCAGAUUGUAGAAAGACACAACAAACCCGAAGUGGAGGUACGCAGCAGUAAAGAACUUCUGUUGACACCUGUAAUUGUGAGCCGUAAUGAGAAGGAGAAGGUUCUGGUUGAGGGAUCUGUCAACUCCAUGCGUGUUAGCAUUUCUAUCAAGCAGGCUGAUGAGAUCGAGAAGAUCUUAUGCCACAAGUUCAUGCGUUUCAUGAUGAUGCGAGCCGACAAUUUCUUCAUUCUCAGAAGAAAGCCUGUGGAGGGAUAUGAUAUUAGCUUUUUGAUCACCAACUUCCACACCGAGCAGAUGUACAAGCACAAGUUGGUGGAUUUCGUCAUUCAGUUUAUGGAGGACAUUGACAAGGAGAUCAGUGAGAUGAAGCUGACAGUGAACGCCAGGGCUCGUAUCUGUGCUGAGGAAUAUCUCAAGAAUUUCUAAAAAAUGAUUAAAUUUUGUCUUGAAAUUGGGGCUACACGAAUCACCGUUGAUGUUGUUCAGAAAUGUCUUGGUAUUUUGCCGACUAAUCGAUUUGCAGUGGCAGUAGAAGGUGACUCAUCUGCGGACAUUUACUGAACACUUCAGGCUAAGCCACGUUCCCCCUCCCCCUUCGUUCGUGGAAUACAAGUGCUGUUGCGCUAGCGUUGUAUUUGUAUAUAUAUGCCACUAUUCUCUUUACCGCUCCUUAUUUUCCUUCAAUUGAAUCCAUUUUCCUAUUUAUAGUAACAGCUACUGUUUGUCAUCUUGCUUUGCCUGACGGGCAAGGCUUGACAUGCAGUCUUCGCCAAUCAUGUAGAGGUUCUGUUUGUUUACAUUGUCCUGUUUUGAAAGUGUUUUCAGCUGGCUUGCAUCUGCUGCCUUGUAUUGCAACUCUCCUCGAGUUUUCUUCAGUGCUAGAGCUGUACAUAUGCUAACUAUUAUUUUCGUGAUUUGAGUACCGCAUGAGUCCUGGAUUGAUAACUACAGUGAAAGUCAUUCGUAAACUGCACGCUUAAUCAUACUGUUAAAACCUG